AUGUCGUUCUCUGAUGAUGUAGAUUUAGAAGCGCAGAUUCCGUACUCGGAUUCUCCAGAAUUUGAUAGACUGGCGGAGACAGUCGCCACAGGACUGUUCGAUAUCAACUCCAAUAUUGUAUCAUUACAGCGGUUGCUGCGAACCCUGAAUUCGAAACCAGAUGUGGCCACUGAAGAAAGAGCAGUGGAUGUAGCGGAAUCCACAAGACAGAAGUUCAAAGAGUUGAGCAGUUCGGUGCGGUCGAUGCAGACCUGGACAGAUUGCGCAGCGUCACAGAAAUUCACUCAACAAAAGCUAUCACGAGAGUUCAGCACGGCAUUAACCGAGUUCCAAGGGAUCCAACGAGACCUAGCGCAGAAGCAGCGAUCCAAUAUCAUUCAAGCAAAGACAGACAUUGCAUCAUCUCAAGCCCACCCAGACGACAUUGACGGCACCAACCACCAUGCCGACGGUCAAGAUGCCAAUCCACAACACAGCCUUCUUGAGCAGCAAACAGCGACCACUUUAUCCCAAGAAGAAGUCGACUACCAACAGCAACUAAUUCAAGAGCGUGAGCUCGAAAUCCAAGGCAUCGAGCACGGAAUUGAAGAAUUAAACGAGAUCUUCACCGACAUCAGCACCAUCGUUACCGAACAAGGCACAAUCAUAGGUGAGUCCACCCCCUCCCUCUCCUGCGAAGCAGGAGCCACGGGGUCUGGGGCAGAGCCCCAGCCGCCGGAGGCUGCACCCCACCUCCCACCCACACCACACCACUAA